CUUGUGACACAAGAGCUUCCUGGUUAAUGGCUAAUGGAGGCUCCUUUCCCCCAUCUCUUAUCUCCGCAUGGGCAGCAGAAGCUGUGAGCACGUGUUGAGCAUAUGCAUGCCAAAAUGUAGAAAAUUCUCUGUUCGUUAUGCGUGUCACAUUUAUUUAUGGGUAAGGGGGGGAAAUAGUCUUUCUUGGGGCUUAACCCACCUCAUUCACCGCACAGCGGCGAGUAGUAGUAGUAGCGGCAGCAGCACAUGGUGGCGUAGAGGCGCCUCGCGUGAAGAAAAACAAGCUUAAACUCAGCCCAGAAGCGGAUAAAGCUGAAAAUAGGACAAAGCAGCAGUCAACUGGAGGAGCUGGAGAGCCGCGCUCUGCCGAGUGUGUGCGAGUGUUAUUUUCCAUCCGCUGGCGCUCCGUUGCUCGGCUGCAGCCGCCGCAUUUUUUGCACAAUUUUGCAGACCUGCUGGAAAAUAAGGGAUUUACUCACAAAUAGGAUCGCACGGCGCGGGUAAAUGCUUAUUUGUUUUUGUUGUCUUGUGAAAUGGUUUGUAAAAAGGGCAGGGUGCGUGGCAAGAGGCUGCGGUAAAGUAGGGGGAGAGGGGAGCGCGCGUGUGGAGGGGGUUCUGUCGAAGAAAUCAAGUCAAUAGAAGUGGAAGCGGGCGUGGUGACGUCACUGGUCCACAUUGAGCCAGUAGUACAUUGAGUCAGCGGCGCUAGAUAGACGAGCGCCCGACUAAAGUACACACCGACAUGAACUUCUCCCUGUGAAACUCCACCGUCGUCACUCGCUCAGCCGGGAACGGACCACUUUUCGGCUGCUUUUUGUCCGCACGGAACUUGCUUUUUAACCGCGUUCCAAAGGGGUGGGGGGGAAAGAGAGUGAGGAGAGGAAGAAGAGCACAUUUAGGGUUGGUUUUCAGGGGGUCGACGACGAGCGCCAUGUCGUCCGCGGCGGUCGCUGCUUCUUCCAGGAGGCAGUCAUGUUAUUUGUGCGACCUGCCCCGCAUGCCCUGGGCCAUGAUUUGGGAUUUUACCGAACCCGUGUGCAGGGGAUGUGUUAACUACGAGGGAGCGGACCGCAUCGAGUUUGUCAUCGAGACGGCCCGCCAGCUGAAGCGGGCUCACGGCUUCCAGGAGGGCAGGUCUCCCGGCCCCGUCAAGUCGCAGCUCUCCGGGAAGGAGAUGCAGGCGAUCAACCACGCCGCGUCGGCGGGGGACCCGGGCUCGCGGCCGCCGCAGCCGCUGGAUCGCUACCCUCUCUCCUCCGAGCGACCCCCCAGGCUGGGUUCUGAGUACCAGUCUGGACGUCAGGCGAACGGCAUCCCCGUCCCCAAUGGAUUUCCUAAGCCUGACGAGCCGCCGGAGCUGAACCGCCAGAGUCCCAACCCGCGCAGGAAUAGCGCGGUGCCCCCGAAUCUUGUGCCUUUGGUGAACGGGAGCAUGGCGCCCGUGCACGCCGUCAACGGCAGACCGGGCCAGAUGGGACUUUCCUCCGCUCUGGCGGCCGGUAGUCCCGCCGAGCUGGGCAAGAGACCCGCCUCGGUGUCCAGCAGCGAGCACGAGCGCGACGGCAAGGAGAAGCACCGACCCGACAGCCUGACGCCGGAGAUCUCGGACGGCCACAAAGGCAGAGGGGAGCCCGACUGGAUGGGCAAGGGCAAGACGGUGCGGGACCUCAUGGCUCUGCACACGUUCGACAGCCGCUUCAAGAAGGACCAUGCGGCCAUGCAACAAAGGGCCAUGGGCUAUGAUGGCAGCGCCUCGGCUUCCAAGUCAGACAGAGGAAAACACCCCCGCAGCAUGAAGAGAAAAGCGUCACCUGAACCCGAGAGCGAGGGCACGGCCGCCAAGCUCAACGGAGAGGCGCAGCAGUGGUUACCUCCGCCUUCCGACGGACUCAAAAUGCCACCGGUCCCCCCUCCGAGCUUCGCCAACCCCCCUUCCACGAUAUCCCCCCACUCCCGCACCACCCCGCCGGAGGCAGCCCAGAACGGCCAGUCCCCCAUGGCGGCACUCAUCAUGGCGGCAGACAAUGCGGGCGGGAACAGCUCCCCCAAGGACGCCAACCAGGUCCACUCCACCACCCGCAGGAACAGCAGCAGUCCCCUCUCGCCCUCCUCCAUGAGUCAGAGGAGGCUGGCGCAGAGAGAUGCAUCAGGUGCAGGUACCCCCCACGUGCCAGGCAUGGACCAAGUGCACCCCCAAAGCAUUCCGGACUCCUCGGUGCCGGGCAGCAUACCCCUGUGCUGCACGCUGUGCCACGAGCGUUUAGAGGACACCCACUUUGUUCAGUGCCCGUCUGUGCCCUCUCACAAGUUCUGCUUCCCCUGCUCGAGGGAGAGCAUAAAGCAGCAAGGCGCCACGGGUGAAGUGUACUGUCCGAGCGGGGAGAAGUGUCCCCUGGUGGGCUCCAACGUACCGUGGGCUUUCAUGCAGGGGGAAAUUGCCACCAUCCUGGCAGGAGACGUCAAAGUAAAAAAGGAGAGGGACCCUUGAUUUGGUUCCAAGCCGAGAAAACGAGUAUAAAUAUAUAAAUAUCACAUACAUACCAUUCAAACAAACUAACGGACUUGUACAUAUUGGACCCAAGGGAAGAGUAUACUUCGUAAACAUGGUUGUAUAAUUUUUGAUUUUUGAAUACAUUGUGUUUCUAUAUUUUUGAAGAUAAAGGUAUGUACUCAUUAUAAUGGACUACGUUCCUCUUUGUUGAUGUUUAACACAAUUCUCGAUGUACUUCUAGGUCUGGUGGCAGUUCCUGUUUAACGUAGAAUGUGACUAAUGCUACUCUACGAGCACUUGGCAAAACUGAAAUGCUUUUAGCUGUACUUGUAUGCACUUGUUUAAAAAUUGCCAAAUACAAUUUCUUGAUCUUGUAUGAA